AUGUCCGUCAACAUGGACCACUCCUCCAUGCCUGGGGCCCCAUCCAAGUCCGAUAUCACCUGGACGGGCCCGAUGCCAUUCCUCAUCGAAAGCCCCAUCUCCUCCGACUUCCUCACGAUGCCAUUGUUCGACGGAAUGCAAGAAUGGUCAAUGAGCGGCAGCACACCGGGGGUUCCAGCCCCAUCAGCCGAGGGGUUGGACAGCUUUCAGCGACAGCAACAGCAUUCCCACCAGCAAACUUUCAUGAACGCCUUCAGCGAGCCCAACCUAUUCUCCCGGGACCAAACUACCCCCCCACACCUACACCCUCAAUCUUACCCUCACCUGGCACCGAAAGAUCCCCUCCUCGACGGUACCACCUCCUCCACCAUGCACCCCUUCGCCGGCAGCCCCUCCUCCUACCCCGUCUCCAUGCAUGAACUCACCUCGCGCGGGAGCAUCAGCGACCACUCGCAGCGCAGCUACGGCAGCAUCAGCAGCAUCAGCAGUGCCAGCAGCGCCAGCAGCGCCGGCAGCGCCGGUAGCAGUUACGGCCACGGCCACGGCCACGGCCUCCGCCGACCUUCCGACCUCCUGGCUCAACCACACCAGCACCCUUAUGCCCACUCCCCCGACCGCGAGGCGAUGGAGCAGCAGAAGCGCGAGCGGUUCCUGGAGCGCAACCGCGUGGCGGCCAACAAGUGCCGGCGCAAGAAGAAGGAGCACACGCGUCAGCUGGAGAGCAAGUGCAUGGAGGUGACGCAGACUAACACGCGGCUGGAGAGCGAGGUCAGCCAGCUGCGCAGCCAAAUCCUGGAGUUGAAGAACCAGCUCCUGCAGCACUCGGGGUGCGAUGAUCCCGGCAUCAAGGCGCAUUUGGCGCGGAUGGUGGCUAGUUUGUCGCAGCGCAGUGCUUCGGUAGUGUCGACGGGGCCGAGUGAGCCGGAGGUGGAUGGGGCGGAGCUGUCAUCAGCGGUGUCGCUGCGGGGGCAGUCGGGGACCCCGUUGCGGACGACGCAGGCUGAACAGGUGGAUGCGGCUGCGUUUGGGUUUGAUGAUAUGGUUGCUAUGCCUGCGGCUGCGGCGGCUGCGGCGGCUAGUUCUAAGGGGAAUGAGGGCAAGCAAGAGGAGGAGGAUGCGGAGGUAAAAAUGAAGGAGAGCCCGUGA